AUGCGGCAAUCAUUGGCUGACAUUCUAGACGUUCAGGUAGUGGACAAGCAUGAGAAGUAUCUUGGCAUUCCUAAUCUGGUAGGUAGAUCGAAAGCUGACACUUUUGCUUAUAUCAAAGAUAAUUUGUCAAAGAAGCUUACAGGUGUUUGGAACCAGGCUUUACUACAGGAGCUCUUCCCAUUACAUAUUACACAAAAGAUCUUGGCUCUUCCACUUAAUAAUCGUAUGCAUGAUGAUCGGUGGAUUUGGUUUGGUGAUAAGAAGGGAGGCUUCAACGUCAAAUCCGCCUACCAUAUAGCACAGGAUAGAGUUUUGGGUGAGAAUUUCGGCAUGCCUAACCCUAGUGCCGAGCUUUGGAAUCGGAUUUGGCAAGCCCCGGUUCCGGGGAAGGUUAAAAUUUGUGUGUGGAAGGUGGCGUCCAAUAUUCUUCCAUCUCGGAGUCGGCUAAGUGAAAGGGGUAUAGACAUUGAUACCCAAUGCCCAUUCUGCGAUGAAGAGAUUAAGUCCCCUCUACAUGCAUUAAGAGAUUGCUCCCAUGCUAGCUCAUUUCUUCAAUUGGCAAAUAUUCCCAAUGUUCCUUCUUCUACAAGUGUGAUUGAUUGGUUAGUAGCUUCUUAUUCUCAGUCCCCUACUACCUUUGCUACUUUGUUGAUGGGGUGGGAGGAAUUUAAGGUUCCUUAUUCAUCUUCUCGCCUUGCAUCUCCAAUACAGAAUGUUAGAUGGAAGAAGCCUCCUAUAGGUAUGAUCAAACUAAAUGUGGAUGCGGCUUUUAGCAAUGUGGAUGGGAAUGUAGAUGUUGGGGGUGUGUUUCGAGACUUUGAAGGCUCUUGUUUAGGAGGUUUUCGCCACACACUUCCUGCAGCUUCUUCCGCUCGGCAUGCGGAACUGGUAGCGCUGCUGGUUCACCAUGUGCACCGAGCAGCAAACAUAGUGGCUCAUACUUUAGCACAAGAUGCUAAAAAUGGACAGUUUUUUAUGCAGCUCUUUACUGUACCUCCUCCUACUGUACCUCCUCCAAAUGUGGUGGAGCUUAUAUCCAUUGAUUGUAAUGACUUGUAA